CAAACUAACAACAACACAUCUUAUAUCUGAGAUCUCAUCGAACAUCCCCAACAAAUGAACAUUAUCGGACAUUUAUUCGACGAAUCGAACAGCGGACACAAGUCGGAGUGCUACUCAUGUUCAUCACCCGAAACCAGCUUCUCUAACCUUCCAAACACUGCUAACUCUGACGAGGAAGCGCUUACAUUAGCGUCGGCUCGACCCAAGAAACGCGCGGGGCGUCGAAUAUUCAAGGAGACGAGGCACCCCGUGUACCGAGGAGUGCGGCGGAGGAACAACAACAGAUGGGUCUGCGAGGUGCGUGUUCCCAACGACAAGUCUACCAGGAUUUGGCUGGGAACAUACCCAACGCCUGAAAUGGCCGCACGUGCGCACGACGUGGCGGCGCUUACGCUUCGGGGAAAGUCGGCUUGCCUCAACUUCGCCGAUUCGGCGUGGCGGCUUCCUUUGCCGGCGUCGACCAAUGCGAAGGAGAUAAGGAGAGUGGCGGCGGAGGCUGCGAUGGUAUUUGCCGGUGAGCAUGAGAGUGUGAAUAACGGCGUUGCUGAUUGUGAAGUUAACAGCAGUGGCGUCAGCGUAAGUGAAGAUGGCAAUACUGGAGCCUUGCAGGGAUUGUCACUGCAUAAUGUGGAUGAAGUGCCACGUGUAACGAAAUUUGAGGACCUGCAUGAUUGGCUUCGGUGUAUGGCUGAUGAGCCUUUAAGGUCUCCUCCUCCUUCUGUAAGAUACAGUAGGGACUGGGACGUUGUGGAAGAUGAUGCUGAGGUGUCCUUGUGGACCUUCACCGUCUGAUCAUCUCCACAUAUGUAUGCAAUUUAGGCUUCACCUGUAUAUGUAACUUGUUCAGUUUGAUUUCACUUUUUGGUUCAGUUUAGCUGUUACUUAUAAUUUUUGCUUUAUAAUUUAUAUUUCUAAAAUUUUAACGGGUUUUUAAAUAUAUUUUAAUAAUUUUUUGUCAGUCUUCCUCUUCGAUUUUGGUUUUGUACAUAAUUAGGAACGAAUUACAACCAAGGAAUUCACAUACCAAGAGUACCAAGACAGAGACGAGGGGGAGGAGUAAUAAAAGUUCAAAAAUUAG